GUGAAGCCCCCUCCAGGACGAGAAAACAACGGCCAGUGUGUGCGUUAGCCUGCGUGGGGAUCAAGUGGGUGUUCAUGUUCGUCUGAUGCCAUUAGGCAGAACGGGAGGCUCGGCUAACGGUGGACGUGUGGAUGUGCAGCCAGAUAACAACGGUACCAUUUUAACGGACACUUUGGGACCUUUAACGUCGCUUUUUUUUUCUUUGCCCCCCUCCCCAGUCCGAGAGAAGAACAGGGUGGGAGGCUGGGAGGCUAAACAAAACGCAGGGAGUACCAGAUGCUGUUCCAGCGGAGCACAAGACGGUGAUGGGCUAACAUCGGACUUUGGCAUAAAAACAAACAAACAAAAAAAACACGGAUACUCUCCAUCGCUUGGCUUCUUCUACUCCUGGAUUGUGUGUGUGAAAUGCUAACCCAGUCGUGGUCUCGGCCGUCGAGCAGCCUACGGGCCGCAGCUCGGCUCACCGAUCCCGAAUCUGGGAAGUAGCUAGCCGCCUGCUAGCCACAACUGCCGUGCCCGAUGCUGCCGCCGCUGCUAAACGCACCCAGAGGACAACAAAAGAGGUCGCCGUGAGAGCUUAUUCUUUGACCUUCCGGGUAUGCCGUUUGAGAUGUGAUGCUUCGGUGUGUGGCGUCUUUGUAGCUGCAAGCUCUGUGGAGCUAACAACAUUGUUGCAAAAAAUGCACAGUGGAAGCACAACACGGGGCUCCCGCUGAGAGCAAGGGGGGGCGAGGUUAGACUGACAACAGCCAGCCCACUGUCCCCCUCAUCGCGGGGGUCAGAUUUGAGUUCCCUCCUCAUCUCACCCUACGUCCUCCGUAACCUCAUUGGAUGAAGAAGAUAUGGAUAAACUGACCAUCAUUUCAGGGUGCCUCUUUCUGGCAGCUGAUAUCUUUGCAAUAGCCAGCAUUGCAAACCCAGACUGGAUCAACACGGGAGAAUCGGCAGGUGCUCUUACAGUUGGUCUAGUCCGCCAAUGUCAGACCAUCCACGGACGAGACCGAACCUGCAUCCCUCCACGGCUGCCUCCUGAGUGGGUCACCACGCUUUUCUUCAUCAUCAUGGGCAUCAUCUCCCUCACCGUCACCUGUGGACUCCUCGUGGCAUCGCACUGGCGCCGAGAGGCCACCAAAUACGCCCGCUGGAUUGCCUUUACCGGCAUGAUCCUGUUCUGCAUGGCGGCGCUCAUCUUCCCCAUAGGCUUCUACAUAAACGAGGUGGGAGGCCAACCGUACAAGCUGCCCAACAACACGGUGGUGGGCUCCUCCUAUGUGCUCUUCGUCCUCUCCAUCUUCUUCACGAUAGUGGGACUGCUGUUUGCAGGCAAGGUUUGCCUCCCGGGCUGAGGUUCUUCACGGGUGCCCGCCUCUGGACAAAAGACCAAUGAGGCUCUGAAAAAAAAGGGAUUUUUACAGAACUCAUAACGACCGGGAUGACAAAUUUUGGCCGAGUUUCUGGGACCUAAUGACGUAUUGAACUGCUAAGGUGACAAUACAUCACAACACAAAGAAGUGGGCAUAAGAGGGGCGAGGAAGAGUCUCGGAUUGGGGGGCGGGGGGCAGCUGUCCCAGCAACCUGUCCCACUGACUUCUCUGUGGGUUCUCUGUGCCACUGUCAUGGCAACUGCAGGGAUAAUGCCGGCACACACAGUUCUUGAGGACCACUCGAGCCCUCAAAAUACCUGCUGACGCCCGCCCUGCCCCACCCUUGGCACACACAGUCACCGGCCGCCCUUGUUGCUAUUUUUGGGCCUCUUUGCUAUUUCAGUUGUGUGUUGUUUCAUUUCUGUUGUUGUACAUUUUUGUGUUCGCCUUUCCACAGAAGUAUUUUGAGUGUAAAUGAAUGAAAGCAGGGUCGGCGCUCGCCUGUCACAUCAUAUGACCCCAUAUGUGUGUGUGUGUGUGAGUGAGGUGGGGGAGGGGGAUGAGCAGCUUCGGAUGAGAGGAAGGUGCGUGGGUGGUGGCCAGCUGUGGAGGUGAGCACUCGGUCACACACACACACACACACACACACACACACACACACACACACAGAGGAGAAUGCCACUGAAUGCAACAGUCAGUCAUUUCAAAGGUCCCAUAUUAUACAAUUUUCUUAUAAUAUAAUUCAUUCAUUCAUUCAUUUUCUACCGCUUUUCCUCAUGAGGGUGGCGGGGGUGCUGGAGCCUAUCCCAGCUGUCUUCGGGCGUGAGGCGGGGUACACCCUGGACUGGUCGCCAGCCAAUCACAGGGCACAUAUAGACAAACAACCAUUCACACUCACAUUCAUACCUAUGGACAAUUUGGAGUCGCCAAUUAACCUAGCAUGUUUUUGGAAUGUGGGAGGAAACCGGAGUACCCGGAGAAAACCCACGCAUGCACGGGGAGAACAUGCAAACUCCACACAGAGGUGGCCGAGGGUGGAUUAUAAUAUAAUAUUCAUAUAAAAUAUAUUAUACAAUUUUCAUAAGCAAGCUGUUAAAACAUCAUUAAAAAGUCACAUUUGCAUCCGAGGGGACCUUUUUAAAUAUUAGAAUGUCGAGUUAGAAUUUUUGACAUCCUCUUCUAUUUGUAGUACUCUGUUUCUGCAAAGUGCAGCUACAAGGACGAUGGAUGUUAGAACAUUUGGAAGGAACUUGCGUUGCUAAAUAUAGCGCAGAGUAUUGACUCCUUUCGACAAAAAAGCUGCAGUUGCAUAAGGGAAGAAAAUGUCAUAUGUGAGUGUUGACAAUCGGUGGUAUUCUCCUUGAAGGUCGAGAAAGAGAGAGAGGAAGCAAACGAGCAGUUGAGUGUCUUUCUGUUGAUACGACAAUGAAGGCACGGGGACUGCAGGUCAGGUCCAUUCAUGGGGCUGUGCCUCAAGUGUGCUGCUGUUGAGCUUUGUAGAGGUAACACACACACACACACACAUACACACUUGCACAUGCUACACAAAUAGAUGUUUUGUCUAGUAAGAGAAACCAUUGCAAUGCCCCUGCACAACUCAAAGGUAAGAACAUGGCGUACUAAAUCAUUUUGACCAUAUAGUGUUACUGUACACACUCAAAAGCGCGAGAAACCUACUGAUUUUGUGUGUGUGUGUGUGUUUGGCAACCAUCAGAAAGCUCAAUAGCUAAAGUCUUAAAAGAGUCGUCGUUUUGCUUUUGUUCCCCCCCUCAGCAGCGCCCGCUCUUUCUCUGUUGGUUGAGUAUUUGUGCCAUGACCUGUUUUUGUUUGAUAAUGUACAGACACACAGGCAGGAUUUUCUGUAUUAGGAAGCACUGUCCAUUCUACAGUAUAGCUAACAGGAAUAGUUGCACCACACGUGUUUAAAAAAAAAAAAACACACACAAAAAAAAAGAGAGAAACUUCUUACCUCAUUGUUUGUAUUAAUUUUAAAUGGUGGCAACAGGUGCCCACUCUUAAUUUGUCUCUUGCCUUGAUCGGAUGUCUACACAUAAAAGCCUAUGACCAUAGGAAAUUAUUUAUCACUGAAUAAAAAGAAGAAACUGGCUGUGUGUGACUGACAGACUUUGUGAGUCAUUCUUCUCACUCGCUUUUAUCUGAUACCGCUGAUUUCAUGCUUUUGCUGUUUCAAGAUUACAGUGGAAAGUAUACUGUCGAAAACCCCUGGGGUGGUUUGAAUUUGAAUACGGUUCUUAAAGGGAUAGUGAUGAUUUUUUUUUUUUGACAUGAAGUUGUAUAACAUCCCCAUUAACAGUGAAUUAACAUGCACUUGCUGCUGUGAGCCCAGUUUUAUUUGGAUUUUGGUAAUACAUUUGCAUCUUGGGCCCAUUGUUGUGUGUGUGAGAUGCAUCUGCUGCGACAUUACAGCCAUCUUGUUAUGUACAUAUGUGUUCAAAACCGGAUGACAAUGCAAGCGUUGCAGCCAUUUUCAUCACAUACCCAGCAAUAUAUGUGAUGUGCAUUAAUAGGACGUCAGAGAAAGUAAAGCCGAGAAAUUUGAGGAGGCCUGUUUGUCAUGAAUAAUGCAUAUUCAUACAUAUAUGCAUAUUGUUCCAAACUCUUUACGUACUUAAGUAACCCCAAUAAAUAAUGCCAAUUACGUUUCUCAUCACCGAAAUCCCACUAGAAAUGGGCUCACAGGACCAAGUCACGAUUGAUGGACUACUGCAAGUGGGAAUAUAAUUCAUAACUUCAUGUCAAAUAUCCAACCUCUAUGGUGACGUUUUCUGUCAAUUUGACCUGCUGUUAUUCGAGGUAAACAGGUAAACUUAUUUUGACACACCUCUCCCCGUUCUAAUUCCAUCUGACCAAGUUCGGCAUCGGCGUAUUCCUGUUCAUAUACUCUAGGCAUCCCUUUGGCUAUGUGCUAAAAGGAAUGUCAACAUCACUUGUUUCAUAAUCAGACAUGUUUACUUUCACUAUCCCAGGAGUUAAGCAGGUGAUGGAAAUGUGCAAUUGACAGCUGGCGGCAGGGCGCAGUGAUACCAAAAGAGAGAAAAUAACGGCGAGCGAUGGUGGUGAGGUCUGACUUUUUCGUGGACAACGGUUUUGUGAUGCGAAUGUAUUACUCUUUUGAACGCAUAUUGUUUUGAGAAGCAAAACUCGUAAGUAACCCCACCAAAUAGCCAGGAAUGAUGUUGCAAAAGUCUGAUCAUCUCCUGGUGAGCUUGGGUAAAAAAUCCUCCAUCUUGGCAGUCAAAUUCAUUCAGUAGAGCAUAGAAGUACUUUAAGUGUACUUAAAGUACUUCCAGCUCACUCACGUCUGACCUCUUCAGGAUGCACUGGUUCUGCAAUUGCCUCGUAUGAUAUUUCAUAUAUCAUACGAGGCUGGUCGCCAGCCAAUCACAGGGCACAUAUAGACAAACAACCAUUCACACUCACAUUCAUACCUAUGAACAAUUUGGAGUUGCUAAUUAACCUAGCAUGUUUUUGGAAUGUGGGAGGAAACCGGAGUACCUGGGAAAACCCAUGCAUUCACGGGGAGAACAUGGAAACGCCACACAGAGAUGGCCGAGGGUGGAAUCGAACUGGGGUCUCCUAGCUGUGAGGCCUGCACGCUAACUACUCGGUCUACCGUGCAGCCCGUAUGAUAUUUCAGUGUAUUUUAUUGUCCGAUUAGUAAGACUAACAAGAAUACGAAUAUUUUUUAUCAUGUUUCGAGACUUCCUCAGGUGAUCGGCCAAAAGUACUAAAAGGGUUCAAACAACUCCAAGCAUCUACGCUACAACACCACCUGGAACGGAUCAAAUUCAAUAUUUACAGCCCCAUUGCUAAUAGUGUAUAUUUGCUAUGAGCCAGCACUCCUGAUUCUGAAGGCCCUGGGCAGAUUACAUUGAGAUGGCAAAUACAUAGAAGAUGAAAUCUGAUUGGAUAGAACAAUAUAUACUGUAUAUAACAUACACAUGCACUACUGAAAGCAGUUCUACCAAGAAACAUGCUACUAAAUGACGAUAAAAACUAUUGUAAUAAAUGACUAAAUUAAUAUGACCAUUUAAGAUAUGAAUGUAAGUCAGUGUUUCUGAUCGUGGACCUGAACCUGACUGUGCAACGCUGCAUUCGGAAGUUCAGAAGUGACAUUAAUUGUAAUGAUGAUGUUUUAUUUGUUUUGAACAUGCUAAAAAGUUAUAAUAAGGGACAUUGCUUGUUUACACUUGCACUAUAUUUAAUAUUUUGAUCUUUUUGUAAUUGCUGCUGCAACGUCAUGCGUUUUGCUAUCAGUUUUAUCCCAGCUUGUAUUGUAUGUGACCACAGUAUCCUCCAGGAAUGCUUGACUGGUUCUUCUUGUCAGGCUCUUUCUGAUUGUCUGCCUGAUGCGACAGAUCAGCACUGACAGAUAGCAUAACAGCCCCUCUGCAUCCAGAUGGAGGCGAGAUGCGUUUCCGGCCAAAAAUAGACCAGCCAGGCCACUAAAAAUCGAAUAUACUUAGUCAACAGUAUUUCAGUAGAGAAAUCCCAAGUUUAAAUAUUAAUUGAUAGAUUUCUAACAUUUUUUUCUUUAUGAAAGUGCAACCACUUAAUAGCAGUAGCUCAGUAUAAUUACAAUGAUGUAAUUAUGACUGGGCUGUACGGCGGUUGAGUGGUUAGCGCGCAGACCUCACAGCUAGGAGACCUGAGUU